AUGUUCUGGUCCGGGACACUACUGAGUGCCACCGGCCCCUUGGCCAAGGCGUGGCUCUCCGCCAACCAAGAACGCAAGAUCUCCAAGGUCCAGAUUCUGCAGCACAACUUGCAAGACAGCGUCGACGCCAUCAUCGCUCCCAAUGACGCGCCCCUCGCCCUCCGCCUUAGCGGGCAGCUUCUCCUCGGCGUUGUCCGUAUUUAUAGUCGCAAAGCACGUUACCUUCUUGACGACUGCAAUGAGGCUCUGAUCAAGAUCAAAAUGGCGUUCCGGUCGACUGGCAAUCACGACAUUCCCACCAACUUGCACGCGACGACAAAAGAGUCGCUCAUGCUCCCGGAUACGAUUACCCCAUACGACAACCUCGAUCUCCUUCCUCCCCCGAGCUCCGAUUUCCUUGCCUCCCAGCUUGAGGAGGUGACGGCGACCCCGAUAAGCAGCCGAAAGGCUGCCGUCCGUCCCAGCAACCGUGAUAUCAACCUCCAGGAAGACUUCAACAACAGCCAAUUUCUGCAAGAUACAACGGGUGACGACGACGAACUGGCUCUGGCAAACAUGGACGACCUUGACCUGGAGCUCGACUUCGGUAUGGACAUUGAUGAUCGCCCGACGAAGUUAAUGGACAGGAGCGUGGAAAUGGGCAGAGAUGCGCCUGCUGCCCGGCCGGUCGAGGAGGAUAUGUUCAGCGAGUUGGAUGUGGGCGGUCCUAGCAAGGAUCGCCAAGUUCGUGAGCCAUCACUGGGUCUUGAUCUCGAUUUUGGCGAGGGUGUGCAAAUCGCAGAUGAGGAGGGUGACAUUCAGAUGGGCGACGACGACCUCCAGUUCAACGUGGGUGACGAAUCUGGAAUGCCCGGGGCCAGCCGCCCGGACAUGGCGCGUGCUCGUAUCUCCGAGUCGCCCUUGUCCGACAUCGACGAAAACUUUGCCAAGGAAGUUGAACUCGAGUACAGCCGGCACAUGAACACCGACAUGUAUGAGCCGGGAGACGACCCGACGGCUUCUAUGGUCCGGGCCCCCCAACGCCAGAAGAAGAAGAAGCUGCUCCAGCCGGAUGACCAGACCAUGCUGUCGAACGCCCAGAUCAAGGAACAACAGGCGAAGCGCGACAACAUCCUGAAGCCGCAAUCCUUCGUUACCCACGACCCGUACAUUGUCGGGCUACUAGACUUGCACAAGAACGGCGGGUUUGUUAACAACAUCCUGUUCGAGGGUCGCAGUGCUGGCUGGGCCCCCGAGCUCAAGGGUCUCUUGUCUUUGGGCUCCAUCCGACCCAACGAGCUGAAGAGGAAGCGGGAUAGCGGAGUCGCCGACCUCGAUAGCGAAGACGAGCAAGGCGCAUCGAAAUCCCCGCGUCUCGAGCUUCCGGAUGACGAGACGAUUAUUGGCCUCGACAGGUCCAUUGCCGGAAACCAAAGCAUUGCGGCCGACGGCACAGUACUUGAGAUCCCCGCCGACGAAACCGUUGUCUUCCAGGGCGAUGACGAGGACGAGCGACCGCGCUCCAGGGACGGCGCGCCCGCCAGCCCCAUGCCCAACUUCGACGACACCACCAUCCCGAUUGUGCACCCUGCGGACAGCGGCCCCGUGUCUAUCGGCACGAAGCACGCUGUGCACAUCCUCCGCGACCUUUUCGGCGCCGACGCCGCUACCAAUGCCGACAAACGCAAGAAGACAGCCGUUGUCUUCCAAGAGCUACUGCCCGAGAAGAAGACCUCCAAGGCGGACGCCACCAAGAUGUUUUUCGAGUGUCUCGUCCUCGCCACCAAGGACGCCAUCAAGGUUGAGCAGCCCGAGGGAUCGCUUGGCGGUGCCAUCCGCGUCCGCGGGAAGCGUGGUCUCUGGGGCGACUGGGCCGAGCGCGAGGCGGGCGGCGAGGCCGCUCGUGAGCAACAACAGCAGAAUCAGCCGGAAUCCGCCGUUCAAUCAUCUGCGGCGGUUGCUGUUGAGGCGUAG